AUGCAGCCCACGCCAUUAUUCUCUUCUCCCUACCAUGUCCGUCCACAUCGCAGCACAACCAACCAGACCUAUUUGCAUACGCCAACCCAAGACUAUAAACACACCCCCUCCUUGCGCUCCCACGGCGGUCUCAAGAACGGAAAUGGCUGCUUCCUGAACCUCGUCACGCAGACACGCUAUUGCGUCCGGCCCGGAAGACCUUGGUACAUAUACCACACAGAACCACAUCCUUAG